GUUUAAUUCAUCAGAUCAUUCCCAAUCAUUUAUGACCACCAAGCCUAUAUCAAGUAGCACUCAAAAAAGAACUAAAACAACUGAAGCAGUUAAAUUCAAGAACAAUCAUAUUAGAUCUAAUGUAAGCCUGCCAACUGAACUACUUGCAAAAACUAAUGAAUUAUUAGUUCCUGAGAAAAAUAAUUUAAGCUGUGGUGCAGAUAAAUUAAAGGAACAAAACGCUCAACAAAUGCAAAAUUCAAUGAAUACUGCUAAUAUCAAUAUCUCAGAAUUUGCUGAUCAGGUUCUUUCAAAAAUGGAUUAUUUUUACAAAAGAAUGUACAACUUCAUGGCUUUUAGCAAUACGGAAUUUCAAAAUUUAACUCAAGGACAAGAAGAAAUAAAAAAAUUAAUCAACACUGCCAAUAUGAUUACUACUGAGCAUUCAGAUGAUUUUGAACCAUAUGGUUAUUGUUGGCCUAUUUCUUCAUUUGAAGAGCUUGAGGAGAUUGAGAAUAAGCUUUGCGACAGAGAUUUUAAAAACAAACUUGUAAGGUUUUAAAGAAACAGUACAUAAUCUAAUGAUAAAUAUUUGGCCAAAGUUUGUGUUAAAUUGAUUAUUAAAUAAUAUGAUCUGGUUCAAAUGACAUUUGUCAAACAUUUGAUUGAUGUUUGCAAGUGUAAAUAAAGUUGUAUACAAAUAAUGUACAAUUUUUUAAAAAAACUAACAAAUAUUUGACAAAUAACGUUUAAAUGUUAUAAUGUUUUCUGGGUAUAGACUCACCCGGUAUAUGUAGAGACUCACCCGGCAUAUGUAUAGACUCACUCGGAUAACAAAGACUCACCCGGCAUAUGUAUAGACUCCCAGGUACAUAUAGAGACUCACUCGGCAUAUAUAUAGACUCACUCGGACAACAAAGAUUAACCCGAUAUAUAUAGAC